AUGAAUGCUUGUUCACUGUUCACGCUCCAGAAUUUUUUCGUCAGUCACAGCUUGAAAAGAGCUCGAGAAGAAGCAAAAAUGGGAGCAUCGGGCAACCCACGGCUCUCAGGAAUGCAAAAACAAGUGCUUGCUCUGUAUAGAGGGUUUUUGCGAGCAGCACGCACUAAAUCACCCGAAGAACGUACCAAAAUUGAAUUGAUCGUGUCAGCAGAGUUUCGCCAUAAUUCCACUCAGGUCGAUCGCAAAAACUUUCUCUAUAUUGAGUAUUUAAUUCGGCGCGGUUCUAUGCAUCUCCUUUUCACGCAUCCUAAUAUUCCCCUUGAUCUAUGA